GUACUUAAUUACUAUUGAAAUGGCACUUCACGUAAGAUCGUCCUUGCGGCAAGCACUAUUACUAGCCAACCAGGCCACAAACAGCCAGAAAGCUGCACUGGGUCAACUUGCUCCUUCGCUCAAAAUGAAUCCAAUGCGAGGUGCCUCUAAAUUUGAAAACAACAUCGUCACAUCGCCGUUAGGUGAUUGCAAACUCCACGACAUGUCGAUGGUCCAAAAGCUUUUCGAAAGUGCCAGCCGCUGGCCCACGAAAAUCGCUACGGAAUGCGGAAUAACUGGACGUAAAUACAGUUACGAGAUGAUGCGCCAAUUGAUUCGCCGUUUCGGCAGCGCCCUGACUCGAAUGGGAUUCCAGAAGGGCGAAGUGUUUGCCAUCGUUUCGCCAAACAUUCCCGAAUUCCCUAUUGCGUUGUACGGAGCCUCCGGUGCUGGGAUGCCCGUCUCUUUGGUCAACCCUACGUACACUGCUGAGGAAAUGGCUCGUCAAUUGUCCAUCAAUGGUGCCACUGCUCUUUUCGGUGUUGCACCGAUGGCCGCGACGUUGAAAGAGGUUGCCCGUCUAUGCCCAACCAUUCGACGCAUCAUCCUGUUGGGUCCACCUCAGGAAGGAAUCGUUUCCUUCCAGGAAAUGGCACAGGACUCUGGUGAUCUUUUCAACGAAAACCUCGACAUUAAUGUCAAGGAGGAUAUCUUUCUGCUUCCCCACUCGAGCGGAACAUCAGGACUACCAAAAAGCGUCAUGCUGACCCACUCUAACAUGAGCUCCAACGUGAUGCAGUUUUUGGAACCGGGCGGCACCAAUCAUCAAAUGGCCACGUCCAACUACCAAGACACUUACAUCUGUUUGCUGCCCUUUUUCCACACGUACGGCAUCACGAUCAUCAUGAACACGGGAUUCGAGACGGGCGCCAAAUUGGUGACGUUGCCGCAAUUCGAAAUUCAAACUUUCUUCUCGGCCAUCGACAAUCACAAGCCGACGGCCAUGCACAUUGUUCCACCUCUUGCGUCACUGCUUCUCCAAUACCCGGGCCUUAAAACCGAAUCCUUCAGCCGGUUGCACACAAUUUUCUGCGGUGCCGCUCCUCUGAACGUUAAAACUUCGGCCAAACUGAUUGAACGACUCAACAAUCCAAACACUAGUCUCCAAGAAGGAUAUGGACUUACGGAAACAUCCCCGGGAAUUCUGAUGGCUCCUUUGGGUAAUACCAAGUUCGGAUCGUGCGGUCCCCCAAUCUCCCGCUCAAAGGCCAAAGUCGUCAAUCACGAAGUUAGCGAUCAGGCUCUAGGACCUUACCAACAAGGCGAACUUUACCUCUCCGGACCGCAGAUCAUGAAGGGCUACUACAACAACCCUGAAGCCACCAAAGAAAUGAUUAGCGAAGACGGUUGGCUUCGUACUGGCGAUGUGGCCUAUUAUGAUGAAGAAGGCAAUUUCUACAUCGUUGACCGAUUGAAAGAACUCAUCAAAGUCAAGGGAUUCCAGGUUGCUCCGGCUGAGUUAGAAGACAUCCUUAUCACUCAUCCAGCCAUUGCGGAAGCUGCCGUUAUUGGAAUCCCUGAUGAACAGGCGGGCGAAAUUCCACGUGCUUACGUAGUGAAGAGACCUGGAAUGGAUUCCGUCAGCGAUAGUGAGAUCGGGGCGUUCAUCAACUCCAAAAUAUCGGCCCACAAACAAAUCAAGGGCGGCAUCCAAUUUUGCUCUGCCAUCCCCAAAAAUAACAUGGGCAAAAUCUUGCGGAAAGACUUGAGGGUACAAUACGCUAACGAAACCAUGGAUAAAAUUUAUUCCGCCACGGAUUCAACUGCCCGUCAGCUGGCCGAUCUCUAAAUGUGUUUGCAUUCGUUCAUCGUUUCUGUUUUUUUCUCGAAGAUGUGCCUGUUUUUGCAAUGCGAGCAAUGCAGCUGUCAAAUGUAUACGUGAUAAAAUGACUUAUUGAUCCUAUAUGCAUGCCUGUAUAAAAUGUACUUACAACAAUUAUAUUAUACGUAUUAUAAUACACACUGAUAAAAUUUGAA